CAAACAAACAAAACACCUUUUCAGGGUGUAGGCCAAAAUGGUCUGGGUAAGCCAAAGACAUACACGCCACUUUUGGGUUGUGGAAUCAGAAAAAAUAUAUGCCUUAAACUUUGAUUAUUUUAGUUAUAAGAUGACAUAACCGCUUUGUGUAGAAUUGCUGGCUCGGUACAGUAGAACAGAUAAGGGCAAGUGUUUGUUCUUUGUAACUCUUCUGCAAAUGCUUCGCUCACCGCGGCCUUGAAGGUAGAAAAAAAAAAAAAAAAAGUAUGUACAAAGUAGAUUUCCAGGUGCAAGAAGGAGGUUUGUGAACUAACCCUAUCUCCCCCAUAAUUCCCAUCCUGAUAACAGCAAAGAAAUAAUGAAGUAAUAUUAUAGCCGCUUUUCAUGCUAAUUUCACUAUAUGAUCACGUGAGUUGUAAGCGACUGUUAAAAAGUAUAUAAGCCUCCUGAUUUUGCUCUUGGGGGGGGACCCCUUCCAAGUGCUUGGGAAAUCCAUGUCACUUUGGAACUCCCCCUACAGCUGUAGUUUCUUUUGAAUAAAAGCUUCUGCUGACCUGACCCAAAAGUACUCUGUGUGUGUUUCCACGACAAUUCCUGGUGCCGUGACUCGGAUCCAGAACACAGGCUGAGGAAGGAGGACCGCAGGCUACCCCCCCCCCGAACCCUGAGGCGCCAAACUUGAGAGGUCUGUUCAUUCACAGGUCCAAGAAGCCUUACCUCAACCACCGGAUGUUCCCUGUCACAACCUCGAACCAGGGGAUUGGAUCUACGUAAAGGUCUAUCAACGGAAAAACGCACUUCAACCCAGAUGGAAAGGACCUUUCCAGGUACUUCUAACCACUAAUUCUGCUGUUCGUUGCCAAGGUCACCAAACGUGGACUCACGCCUCACACUGCAAGAAGGUAUCACCUCCAUUGGACCCCGAAGCAGUUGUAUUCCAACCAAGGUUGGGAUCUUUCCCUGAGGCCAAGGACAAAGACCCUCAGGACCUCACUCAGGCAAGUGAGGAGCAUCAGGGUGCAAGUGCUAGUAACCUCUCCCCUGCACCCAACACCUCAGCCCAGCCGGAUUCAUCAGUUGAAGAACGAAGAUAUCAUCUUCGGCCUCGAAGAAAGUGAAUGCUCCCAUUCGGAAGAUCACCACCUCGAUCAAGACCAAGAGCCGACAUUAUCAGUCCUUUAGGUAACUUGAGCCCAGAGGACGAAGAAAGACUUUGGCUGCCAUCCUGGGUUUGGCUGGUAGUGUUCUUUUUCUUACUGGUGCUGGUUAUGUUUGUUGUUAAGAUUCUUUGUCCCUCCUGUAUCUAAAAAUGGCACUGAUAUCCUUAUAUAUCACACUUGGGUAUCUCAGUAUCACCCAAGGGGGGUGGGAGAAAAAUUUGUAUUUGCAGAUCUCCCAUGCGGUGGCUCAAGCUGGAAAUAAAAGUGACUGCUGGAUAUGCUCUCACAGCCCAGCACACCUACACCAAGGAAUCCCAAUGAUCGGAGUACCAAUAUCCCUCCAGCAAUGGGGAACAAUAAACGGCGGCUUCGUUAGACACUACUCGUUAGCUGCCCAUCGGUCCGCUCCUAAAGAAUGGAGGGCCGCCCCUGCUAACUGGAUAAUCUCCCCAAGAGUAGAGGCGCCUUUCUGUUACAGAUCCAACAACACCGGAGCUUAUAAUAAAGCCACACCUGUAGGACACUACCCUCAUUGCCUAACUACUCUAGAUUAUAGCCCUAGUAGCACCAGUGGAAUCCUGUUGGGUAACGUACCCUCUCUCAAUUGUACAGGAUUCAUGGUCUACAACUUUUCUAAGGAACCUCAUGUUGCUCUCAUUGCAAACAGAUCAGAAUUUUACAUUCACUCCAAUUUUACUUCUUGUAAUAUAUCUCGGUCCAGCAGAAUAACAGCUGAACGUGGACCGUCCUAUACGAUGCAUAUCAAUCGAAAGUGCCGGAUAGGGCACAACAACUGCCGAGAUUUGAGUACCCUUUCUGCCCCAGGCCUUUACUGGCUCUGCGGAAACAGGGCUCAUAAAAUCUUGCCCUGGAAUUGGGUGGGGGCAUGCACUCUUGGACGUGUUAUCCCUGGUUUCGAAAUGCAUAGUGCAAUAUAUCUGGAACAAGUAAAAAAUUUCAACCAUCACAUGAAAAGGGCGGUUAACCCCUUAGCUACCAGAAACACAGGGUUCCAUCGAUUUGUGAGAACCUUCAUACCGUGGCUUGGAGUAAGAGAAUUGGAACUAGCCAUAAUUAACAUUUCAGCCACAAUGGAAGCUAUGGGAAAUGCCACUGCGGAUGCAAUUCAGGCUCUGCAAAAAGAGAUCUCCCAGAUCUCACAAGUAACUAUACAACACCGCAUAGCCCUAGAUUACCUAUUGGUAUCCCAGGGAGGAGUAUGUGCCUUAGUAAACUCCACCUGUUGUGUCUAUGUCAAUCAGGACAUGCGAAUCGAAACUGACAUUCGCAAAAUCCGAAAUCAGUUAAGGGUCCUACAUCAAGUGGCCUCAGAAAAUACUGACUGGGGUCUAGAAGAAAUGUGGUCUUGGCUAACCUCCUGGCUCCCAGAUUUCGGGGCCCUUGGCAAGAAAAUCCUGUAUGGAAUAUUGUUUGUCUUGAUAGUUCUGAUAAUGUUCUAUGUCUUAAUGCAACUGAUCCUCUGCUGCGUGAAAGCCAGCAGGGGAAGCUUUAGCAAGGCAAGAAAACCCACAGCAGAGUCUAGAAUAAUGGUGUUACAAAAGUGUGAGCAGAUUGAAAGAAAACAUGAAAGGCUGCAUGAUGAAAUAGAGGGGCUCAUGAGAAUGGAAAUUUAAGGCUAAAGUGAGACUAAAUAGUCUCAAAGGGGGGGGCUGUGGAAUCAGAAAAAAUAUAUGCCUUAAACUUUGAUUAUUUUAGUUAUAAGAUGACAUAACCGCUUUGUGUAGAAUUGCUGGCUCGGUACAGUAGAACAGAUAAGGGCAAGUGUUUGUUCUUUGUAACUCUUCUGCAAAUGCUUCGCUCACCGCGGCCUUGAAGGUAGAAAAAAAAAAAAAAAAAGUAUGUACAAAGUAGAUUUCCAGGUGCAAGAAGGAGGUUUGUGAACUAACCCUAUCUCCCCCAUAAUUCCCAUCCUGAUAACAGCAAAGAAAUAAUGAAGUAAUAUUAUAGCCGCUUUUCAUGCUAAUUUCACUAUAUGAUCACGUGAGUUGUAAGCGACUGUUAAAAAGUAUAUAAGCCUCCUGAUUUUGCUCUUGGGGGGGGACCCCUUCCAAGUGCUUGGGAAAUCCAUGUCACUUUGGAACUCCCCCUACAGCUGUAGUUUCUUUUGAAUAAAAGCUUCUGCUGACCUGA